CACGUCGCAUGCUAGUAUUCUGUGUAAUUGUCUUUGAACCGGAUAUUCUUAUAGUUGGUGCCCCUCGGCCUCGGUGCGUGGCUGAGCAUCAAGGCAAAACACGCCCUGGAAGUGGUCAUAAAUGGGUUACCUACCUGCCCAAGGUAGUGUAGGCUGGCUCAUCGUGUCAACUUCUGUCCUGCGUCCUAGCCAUCCCUUAUUUAGGCGGAGCGACAAGAAAUGGUUAGGAGUCCUGUCCAUACCUCUCUCCUGGUCAUCGGCAGGUAGCAGAAUAGCAAAGGAUGGAAUCCUUCAACAAGAAUCCGACGGAGAGGGAUAUCACGGCGGUAUACCGUCAUCCAGAAGCCAAGGCCGACAUUGUCCUUGUCCAUGGCCUCAACGGGCAUCCCAAGAAAACAUGGACGUCCAAGAAAAACCAGGUGUACUGGCCCACCGAUCUGCUGCCAAAAUCAUUAGGCGAUCAGCACGCCAACGUGCUGGUGUACGGGUACGAUGCCCAGGUCACCGGUCACCCGAGCAAAGACUAUGUUCACGACCAUGCCGACACCCUGCUCGCAAAACUCACCUUCUACCGCCAGAGUGAGGGCACCGAGCGGCUCCCCAUCAUUUGGGUGGCACACAGCCUUGGUGGCAUCGUGACCAAGUGCGCGCUCCUGGCGUCGUACAAUAUCGGAACCCACCAGAAAGAAUAUCUACGGUCGAUAUACGUGUCCACCUACGGCAUUAUAUUCUUGGGCACGCCGCACAAUGGGUCCAAUGCAGCCAACUGGGGGCGAACGAUACAGCGGAUGGUGAAGGCUUCUACAUUGGGCAUGUUUGACUCGUCGUCCACGCUCCUCAAGACGCUCAUGAAGGAAAGCGAGAUCCUACGCUAUGUCAGCAACAAUUUCUUGGAAAUCCAUCAAAACUUUCAGAUUCAUAUGGUCCAUGAGAUGCUCAAGACGGAUGCAAGGUUAUUCAAGAUUGAAGUCGUCGAAAAUUCGUCGGCCAGCCCUCAACUUGCUGGCGUCACGUACUACGGCAUCGACGCAACCCAUUCGGGAAUGUGCAAGUUUGAGAGUGAACAGGCGCCGGGGUACCGGAUCAUCUCCACCGCGAUACGCCAAUGGAUUGCCGCAUCCAGGGAUACUGUUCUACCCCGUUGGGGAUUUGAAGAAGACGAUCGUCGGCGAAGGGCGAACCUGGAUGUAUUCGAGCGCCUGCGGAAGUACGGACCAGGAAAUGAGGUUGGCUCUCAUGCACGCCGACAUUCCAGUGUGAAGGUCCGCAACAUUAUUCCUGCCCUCGAAACAAAUCUCAACAGCGACCACCCGGAGCCUGGCCCGCCACUACUGCUAACUGACCAGCCACGCCAAGAUCAGAGACCCCUUUUACCUGGCCCAGAAGAUCCCCCUGAUUCCCCUGCGAGGGAUCGAGCGGAGCCGAGAUUUGUCCAUCCCGAAAUGUUCCGCCCGAAUUCGUUCUUCAUCGGCCGUGAGGACGAACUGAGAGCCCUGCACGAAAUGCUUAUGGACCGCAGGCGUAGGUCUGAAGGGACAUCCGCCGUGCUCAUACAUUGUCUCCCUGGUGGCGGCAAGACUCACCUUGCGCGGCAGUACGUCUUCAAGCAUAAAGAAGAUUAUCCUGGAGGAGUAUACUGGGUGCGGGCAAAAUCGCGCCAUGACAUAGAGUCAUGGUUUUGGCGCUUUGCUGAAGACGAGGGUCUUCGAGAUGUAUUGGACCACAGGGAUCUUGAAGAUCUUCGCGACACAAAGAAUGUCAUCCGCACCGUCAGGAAGUGGCUUAACGCUCGGACAGGCUGGUUGAUGGUCUUUGACGGUGUUCAAUUCGAUAUGCCCGACCUGCCAGAAUUCAUCCCCGAUGCUAGGAACACGAGCUUGAUAUUCACAUCAACCGAACAAGCUGUGGUCGGCGAUCCACGGUUCGAUAACCCUCAGGGUCUGCACCUAGGUUUGCUCACCGCUGAGGAGGCUCGAGAUCUCCUCCUUCUUGAGCUUGAAAUGGGAAGGAAGCAUCCAUGGACAGAAGAUGACCGAGCUGUGGCCCUCGAGCUCGUGCAGCUCAUGGGCCGGCUUCCACUCAUGAUCCAUGUGGCUGCGCAGCACUUGAAAGCGACGAAGGAACCGCUGGCUCGCUACCUCAAGUCCUACAAGGCUCGACCCAAGGCAGGCGGUCUGUCCGCCUACAAAGCGGUGCGAGAACAGCUCCAGCUCCGGACCCAGUAUCCAGCAUUGAACCUGAUUUCCUUGCUGGCUUUCUUUGACCAGCAUAUCCCCGUCGAAAUGCUUGCCAGUGGGCUUGAGGCGCUCGACCAAAGCAUACCUGUUAAAACACGGGAUUUAACCUUUGGAAAGCCGAGCUUGAACAACACGCUCAAAGUUCUCAUCGCCUUUGCGCUCAUCGAUCGAUCGGAAGGCGACGACAUAUCUCCCACAAGCUCACGAAGCUCAAAGCGCAGUUUCGACAAGCAGGCCGACCAUCUCGAUGUCCUCCGCAUCCAUAGCGUCGUCCAAGCCUUCUUCAUCGACUCACUCCGUGAGAUGCGUGCAGUCGAUUACUUCCUCGCGCCAGCAACAGCAAUGUGGUGCCUGUCAUACGACAAAGCCGAUGCGCGAAUCCAGGAAGAAUCCAAUGUCGGGCUGCCGGAUGACUAUCGCCGGUUCUGCAUCCACGGCCAGAAGUUGCUGCAAAACGUGCAGAAAUUCGAGAACCGUUACCCCGCAACCCUUGCAGAGGCACGGUCUCAACUGGAAGAGAGGCUUGAGAAGAUUGAGGGACGUAUCGACUCCCUGUCGCAACUGCAUAGGAAGAAUAUCAUAGAAGGCUCCAAGGGGCAACAACCAACGUCAGUAUUUGAUCGGAUGAGCACCUCAUCACAGUCUGGCUCUAGUUCAUCCGCGAUGCUCCUCAGUCAGGAUAGUCAGCUCAGCACAGAUACAUCACUAGAGGGAGACGAAUACGGGGGGUUAGUUCAAUCACCGACGUUGGACUACUCCUACUUUGACGCCCAGGAGGCUACCCCGUAUCCCAGCAUUGCUGUAAUGCCUGCAGUGCCCGAGGCAAGCGAUGACGACCAGGACACGGUCAUUUCAACCGCUAGUCAAAGGACGCAGACGCAUUUGGCGAGUGGAGCUGAGUCGGCCGGUUUUGUUUCAGUGCCGCAACAAGACCACAACAAUCAUCGGCAGACGAAUGAUUUUGAGGACUGGCACCAAGUUAUUCCCCACCAUAGGGUCAUUGGCAGACAGGAGUUGCGGCGCUAUCAUGACCGCGCCGGUGCCUGGAGAGAUAGGACCGUCAGCGAUCCAAGGAUCGGGCUCAAUCGUGAGGUUGCUGUCGGCUCCAUCUCAAGCAGAAGGGAGGCGUCGACAUCACCCAGUGGACCUCGCUUGACAGCCAAGAGCGAGGCAGAGACGGAGUUGUUAAACAAGUUGAACCUUGCAGGGCUACCGGCGCCCCACGAACCAAGGGGAAGUUUAAGCCCGGUCAUCCCAGCAAGGCCGCUCAGCGCUCAAGGGACAGAAGGCUUCGCCCGACCGCCAGUUAUGAAGUCCAGCACCCAAACGGAAACCCAGCCUGCCGAACUUGCGGGGGGUUUUGCGCAGAUGCUCAAGACCCUGACAGUCGGGAACCUGAAGAGGGUAUUGUCUUCAAGAAAGCUGAAGGACGGGGAACCAGCUAGCCCUGUAGACGCCGGGCCACAUCCGCAUGCCGAGGUAUCGCCCUCCGAAGAGGAGCCUCUCGCCCCUCCGGGGCCCCUGUUUCGUGGCAGCCGUUCAGCGAACAGCUCGCCUGCGAACCAGUCUUCCCCGUUCCCGGCACCAUCCUUCUCAACGAUUCCGACUGAGGAGUUGUUACGUCAGCCUGGGCCGCCUGCUGUUGAACGCUGGGAAACGGUCGCCGACUAUCCCACUGACACCGCGCUGGGCUGCUCGGAGCCUGACCAGGCCAGCCAAGAUCCCAUGUCAUCGUCUUACCCAUCACUCUCUUCGCGUCCGCACCCCCAUCCCGGCCAUGCACACGCAGCCCAACAGUUGUGGCUCAGCAGUGAACCGCCUGCUGGUUACUCGUCUCAGCCAAUGUCACGAAAUGCUUCGCAUCAGUCAAACCCAAGUGUUAACGUAACCCAUAGCAACGGCGAUGCGCAUGCCGGCUCAGCAUCGCACGCACCAGCCUCGUCCAUGCUUCAUCAGACACUUGGAGGAGCUGGUGCCACAUCCCUGCCCACAGCAGUCCCCGGUCCAAUGCCCAUCCCGAGCCAACCCCAUCGCCAAUUCCCAACAACAGGCUCGGUACCGGCCGUUGGCGGCAGCGGCGCGCGCCUGUCCCCAUUCACCCGCGCGCGGCGCCCAUCCUACACCGAAACGGAACCUUCUCCAAGGUUAGACAGCCCUUUCUCGGACGUCGACACGAGCUAUCAGCAGUGGGAACGUCACCACGGACGAGCGGAGCAGGAGAUCAGCAGCAGCCCCCGCGCACGGCCUGGCAGGGGCACCCGCAUCUCACGGGGUCGCGCCAGUGAUGGGUGGAAGGGUGGGCGGCGGGCACAGUCGCUUUCGCCGUCACCGUCUGGCGGCUCACGGUCACCUCCUCUUGGUUCUUCUGCUAGCGGGCUGCGGCCGCGUUCCGGAUCGGGGUCCGGGUACGGGCCGCGCUCAGUGUCCCCUCUGCCCCUGCCCGUGCCUGUCUCCAAUAGCGGCAUCGGUAUGGCCACGCGAGGAGGAGGUGGGAGUGGUCGCGUGCAGUACCAGCAUCAACAUCAACACCAGCAGCAUCCGCUCUCCGCCGAAUGGUCCACCCCAGGGUAUGAGACGGGCCAGCAACAGCAACGGCAGCAACGGCAGCCGGCGCCGGCGCCGGCGCAAGGCGGUAGUAGUCCACGGCUAGCGGGCGGCGAGCCAAUGUCGCGGUCUGCGUCUGGAGGGAGUACUAGUGGUGCAGGAAUCAUGGUGGGUGAUUCCCUGGUAGAGUUCGGCUCGUCCGGAGCUACUGGUUAUGGCUCUUCGUCUGUCGGGGGUGGAGCGGGGAGGAGGGCCUCGGGAGAGGUGCCGACGGCUCAUGACGCAGCUGGACUGGGAAUCUCUCAGGCAUGAGAUGUGAGAUGUGAAGCACUGUGAGUUGGAGUGCUCGGCUUGUUCUCUUGUUUGGCUAGUUCAUUCAAAGGUAGACGGGAAGGCAGGGUCAUAGGUAUCAUUGAUGGGUGUAGAAUACUAGGUGUGCGUUGUGACUGAUACUUGCGUUGAGAUGAAUAUAUAUGUAUACUGUAGAUGUAAAUCAAUCUGGAGAAUAGGAGAUCGCUCGUCACGUUAUAGGUAUAUGAGGGUCUAUUAGCACGGAGACCAACAAGUCACUCCGGAGAAGGUGACUGCUUACGAGCAGCGGGACUAUAU